AUGUUCCAGUUUCCACCCUUCGAUCCCCCCAAUAGCACAGACUGGGACAGUGAAACACAUUUGGUCUUGGUUCACAUCCCGAUUGAGCUCUACUCAUUCUGUUUACAACCCAUCUUACGUCUGCUCUUCGGAGAAGACCAUGACGAGGACGCAUCCCAGAUCCCAUGGGCCAACCGCCAUGAUUUUCUGAACGUGUCAAUCACUCCUGUAGAGUGCUCCGUCAUCUGCUCGAGGUACCUGGCAGACAGGUUCAUCCGGCCAGUCGCGGAGUCGUUGAAUGCUCUCUACCACAAUGCCAGACUGUCUAACAACGGCAAGACACCCAUUCAGAUCAGCGAGGAUGACUAUAUCGUCAUACAGGUGGAUGGGCAAGGGCUCGAUGCAGGUCAACGAGUCUUGGAAUUGACAUCCCCAUUGGCCAUGGCUGGAAUGUUAGUAUGCCCUGAAGAAUUGGAAAGGAAGCAAGUGGUAACUAAGAAAUCAACUUAUAGAAGCAUAUUUUUCAUCACCACAUAUUUUUCGGACUACAUCCUGGUUCCAUCUCGAUCGCAUCGCACGGUCCAGACGGCCCUCCAGCAGCGAGGCUUUGUCUUCUCCCAGACCGUUGACGCAUUUAUUUCACAACUGUCGCCAUCUUCACCAACUUUGACCCAGAGUGGUAGAAUUACUUCGCCAUUUCAUGAACACUCCACUCCCUCCACUCCUCCUGCAAAGGACAUACCAGAGCUGCAGAUCCGAACAUUCACCAAAUUGACCCGCAAUAACGUUAAACCUGUCGUAGACGAAGCUUUGCUCCUGAUGAGCUGUGCCGGAAGCCGAGAAUACGAUUCACAGAAAGAUGAGCGACUGAAAUCUGAUCUUUUGCAAGUCCUUCUCUCUACAUCGUCACUAACGACCACCACGAGCACGAAAACUUCCUCAAUUAAUGGCUCUGGGCUCGGGCUCGAGUCAUUGGCAAUUUCGAAUGGCAAAUUGCCUGACUUUGCGGCCAGGUUCCUUUCUCUCACUCUCACAAGUUCAGAGCCGAUUUCUGUUCUCCUGGAGCAUAGACUUCUCUCGAGGCUGGGAGGGUCUUUGCUAGGCGCCAAAUCAGAGGAGGAUGCAUUAAUCCCGAUCACACUUGAUCUGCGGGACUUGCCAAUGGAAGCCACGGGCAUCGUUUGUGGGGUUGCUGGUAGGCUUGCCCAAGCUGGCAGUGAGGUGGACGAACUCGAUUGGAGUCCACAGUCUGCGGCAACAAAUGGGAACGACGGUGGAAUAGUCGAUAUCUCCUUCUUGAGCACAGCUAGAGCUGGGACGGUGAUAGUAAAGGCCAGCCAGUUGGACCUUGCAGUUGAAGCCUUGGAGUAUGGUAUGAGAAAAGUGGCGAGCUUGACUUAA